AGGCACUCGGCCAUGUCCGCGGACGCCACCCGGCCGGAGUCCGGGCCGGAGUCGGGGCUGGGACCGGAAGCCGGGCUGUGCCCCGAGCAUGGCGAGCCUCUGAGCUGGUUCUGCCGUUGCGAGCGGCGGCCGGUGUGCGCAGCCUGCGCGGGGCUGGGCGGCCGCUGCCACCGGCACCGCAUUCGCAGGGCGGAGGAGCACGCCGAAGAGCUGCGGAACAAGAUUGUAGACCAUUGUGAGAGGCUGCAGUUACAGAGCGCCGGCAUCACCAAGUACAUGGCUGAGGUUCUGCCAGCAAAGAACCAGAAAGCAGCGAGCAUGGCCAGUGCAGCACGGGAGCUGGUUAUCCAGAGGUUGAGUCUGGUGAGAAGCCUGUGUGAGAGUGAAGAGCAGCGGUUACUAGAACAAGUACAUGGUGAAGAGGAGCGGGCCCACCAGAGCAUCCUGACUCAGCGAGCACACUGGGCUGAGGCACUGCAGAAACUUGACACCCUCCGCACCAGCCUAGUGGACAUGCUUACCCAUCUGGAUGACUUCCAGCUAAUUCAGAAGGAGCAGGAGAUUUUCGAGAGGACCGAGGAAGCAGAGGGCAUUUUGGAUCCCCAGGAGUCAGAAAAAUUAAGCUUUAAUGAGAAGUGUACUUGGAGCCCACUACUGACCCAGCUCUGGGCAACGGCAGUUUUCGGGUCCCUCUCAGCAGGCAUGGAAGAGGUGCGCAUCAACCAAAGGACUGUCAGCCCCUUGCUGCGUUUAUCAGAUGAUCAAAGGACCCUGACCUUCAAUGCUAAGAAGUCCAAGGCCUGCUCUGAUGACCCAGAGCGCUUUGACCACUGGCCCAAUGCCCUGGCUAUCACCUCCUUCCAGGCUGGGCUCCAUGUCUGGGUGGUGAAUGUCCAGAAUAGUUGUGCUUAUAAAGUGGGUGUGGCCUCAGCCCAGCUGCCCCGUAAGGGUUCUGGCAGUGACUGCCGCCUGGGCCACAAUGCCUUCUCCUGGGUCUUCUCCCGUUAUGAUCAACAGUUCUGCUUCUCACACAAUGGGCAGCACGAGCCUCUGGGGCUCCUUCGGUGCCCAGCCCAGCUAGGUGUGCUGCUGGACCUGCAGGCUGGAGAACUGCUGUUCUAUGAGCCUGCCUCGGGGAUGGUGCUCUACGCCUGCCACACGUCCUUCCCUGGGCCUCUCUUCCCAGUCUUCGCUGUAGCCGACCAGACUAUUUCCAUCGUCCACUGACCUCUUGCCACAGGGAGGUAGCUCUACCUCCCCAUCACCAUUACAAGUCAGGCCAUGUUUCCAGCUGUAUCCUUUCCCUCAAUGAUGUGUAUGAUGUUCCCAUGAGAUUCAGGAUCCAUGCCCUAAUGGGCAGCUUUUGGAGCAAUGGGGGAUGUGUUUCAGACCUGGGCAGUAAUCUUUAGAUGUUGGGCAUCUGUGGGGAACCUAUUCCUCUCUUGGCCUUAGUCUCUCAAACCCACCACGUUUGUGCCUUCCCUUAAGGAUCUCAUUAACCUUUGUUCCUGGCAUCCAGUGUGGUUGUGCCUGAUGCUUAUCUAGUAAACAGUGAUCAUUUGGUGAGAGAGCAACUGUAUGAACAGGCAGGUGACAGAGUGCUGUGGCAGUUCCUAAAGAAGAACUUCAGCCCCCCGCUUCCUGCACCUAAAAGCACUUUUCAACAGAACAGCCUGUGGCAGAAGACUUCAUUUCCUCUCAGUCCAGUGCUUAGUCUUUUCAUGACACAGCACGUAGAGAAAAGAUUUUUCUAGUACUCAAGGGACAAACUGCCAGGGUGCUCAGCCAGAAAAAUGGCCUGGGAGUGCUGUGCCCUUCCCCCCGGGUUCUGCCUUGGCAGGGGGAUCCUAUCUCCAGGAAAUCUCCUAUCUCCAGGAGCUCUAACCUGGGCCUGCCUGUGAUAAGGGCCAUAAACUUUCCCCCUCACUGCACUGAUAAGCGCCCCAGCCCUCUCAAAGUGGAGACUUGGACUGAAAGCUUCAGUCUAGAAGAGCUGAGGGAGAAAGAGGGCUAACCUUAGGGAAUAUGAGUGUUAUUAAAGGUUUUUUUCAAGA